CCUUAGCUGUGUCAGGAGGAGACCCUGUAAUUAGGAGGAAGUAACCAGUUUUAAUUGAAAUAUUGAGAAAUAUGGCUGAGACAAUGGAUCACAGCCGCCACCUGAGCAGGCUAUACAAGUGUGCGGAGUGUGAGUUCACGGUCAGCCACGAGCUCAUGGUGUAUGUCCUACGCCACUUCUUCCGCUGCACUUCAAACAAGUACGUGGACGAACUCGAGGUGUGGUCCCCUCCCCAUCUCAAGAUAAACGGCACGGUGAAGAGCGCGGGUCCGUCCGAGAACGCCGCCCGAGAACGCUGUUCCGCCACGAGGGAAGAGAAAGAAGACAGCAGAACAUUCGCAAACACUCCCGAUCGGAGAAGAGGGAGUACUGAAGAUAGCAGAACAUUUGCAAACACUCCCGACCAGAGAAGAGGGAGUACUGAAGAUAGCAGAACAUUUGCAAACACUCCCGACCAGAGAAGAGGGAGUGAAGACAGCAGAACAUUUGCAAACACUCCCAAUCGAAGAAGAGGGAGUGAAGACAGCAGAAUAUUCGCAAAUACUCCCGACCAGAGAAGAGGGAGUGAAGACAGCAGAUCGUUGCACUCCUCCCAUUCAUCCACAAGGCAGGAGGAAGAAAGCACAGCAUUCGCAAACACUCAUAGUCAUACCCACAAAGGGGUGAGUGAAGAUAGCAGAACAUUGCACUUCUCCAACAUUCACAACCAAAGAGGGAGCCAAAACAUCAGUGCUGCACCCAGCUAUGGAGGAGACAGAGCUACCAGUAUUGACAUCUGCAAACGAACUGAAAUUGAAGAUGUGACACCUGUAGUGCAGGUUUCAGGCAUGGCAGUGUCCCCCAUGGUAUGGAUGGUACAACCCAACACAACUUCACAACUACAGACGUGGGCUAAAACAUCUCCUACUGUUCCUUCACAUGCCGUUCUUCAGAAAGACAUAGUUCUUGAAGGAAAUGGCCAAGGAAGGCAACAGAGCAACCAAGGUGAGAGAAGACAGACUCCAUGUAACAGUGAAACCGAGGUGGGAGAAAUUUGUGAAGAAGAAGAUGAAAAUGAGGAAGGUAUUGGGCUCAACUUGAGCUGCUCCCCAGUUCCACUGUGUAAUACUGGAGACACCGGUGACCAGAUUGUAACCAUGGUAACCACUCCACCAAUCACAAGCCUGACACAGACUCCCAGCAUGCCUCAGCAGCUGCGACACCCGUCUUUCGAUCCGCCUGUUGACAGAAUGAGGCGAGGCAGACCACAGAAACCCCCCUAUAGUACAAACACAAGUGUGGCUGAUAUGGAGCAGCCAAAAAACACCAAGAGAAUGAACAGGUGGGCAGUUCGAGUGUUGAACACCUGGGCAAACAAGCGGAACGGAGAAGCGACGGCCUCGUCGAGCGGCCAGGACCUGAAGCCCGUCCCGACCGACUGGGUCGCCAUGACAGUGGAACAGCUGGACCAUUGGCUAAGCCAGUUUGUUAGCGAAGUGCGGAGGGAUGAUGGACAGUACUACCCUUACAACACUCUGUACCUCAUGCUGACUGGGAUCAACAGGUAUCUGCGGAAUGAUUGUAGGAAGGACGUCAACAUUCUGGCCAAAGAUGACGGCAGAUUCCUCCAACUGCGACAGGCCAUGGAGACGCAGAAGAAAUCUCUGAUUGAACUCGGUGUCGGCAUGCAGGAGAAGAGACGCCACGACAUGGAGCUUUUUCCUCACGGCAUCGAAGCUCGCCUGUGGGAGUCCAAGGUGUUCAGCCUUGAGAAGGACCUGAGCAUCUCCUACGCGGUGUUCUACUACACGACAAAGUUGUUCGGCGUUAGCAGUGGCGAAGAACAUCACAGUCUUGUUGCAGAACAGUUCUCUGUCGGCUGUGACCACAUGGGGAAGUUCGUGUCAUUCAACCGACUCGGAAAGAAGAGCAAGACGACUAAAGCGUACGCAGUCCCGUCGGACCCGUACUGUCCGGUACUCUUGUACGAGGUCUACCUGGGGUAUAUCCCACCGAUUGGUCCUUUCUACAGGAGGCUUCAGAGGGAUCCGGAGGGUAGACUGUACUUCGGACCGCCCGUAGGGAAAAACUCGCUGGCAACUUAUCUCAAUAAUAUCAAGAGGCUUGCAGUAUUGAACACUCAGGUUAACCAAGGAGCCUGCUCAACAGGGCCCCACCCUAUAGGACCUAAUCCUACUGGGCCACACCCUACCGUAUCACACCCUAUAGGACCCCACCCUAUAGCGCCCCACCCCACCUGUAGCACAGUACCAGACCUGAGCCUAGAGAACAGCCCUGCUACAUCUUCCUCAGAUUCAGGCGAGGCGGCUAAGAGGCACCACAGUCAGUCGAUGGACGCCUCGGAAUGCAGCACAGAGCCGUCACCAAAAAGGAUUCACACAUGGAACUUUGACCCGACUCUGUCUUCCUACACACCACUCAACCAGUCUUGACCAGUUUGAUUGUGUACAAGUCAUUGUAAAUAUCUAUGUGUGUAUUUGUUUACAUUAUAUUAUACGUUUAAUGUGCGGCGUAGACUGGUUAAGGUUCAAAAGAUCAAAAGUUCACAGGUUUGAUCCUUGGCAGUUCUUGACGUUCAAAUUUGGUGUAGAAUAUGUACAUGUACCUGACUUUGGUUGGGGAGGUAAAAGGCAGUGGAAGGAAAGGGAUGGGCUGACCACAUUCCAAUACCAUGCUCUAGACCCACUAGCCCUACUGCAUGAAAAGGCUAUGGGACUAUCCGUACUUACCUACCUUGGCAAAUGUGUAAUUGAUACAUAAUUACACUAAUUAUAGCUUAUACUGUUUGAGAUUUGAUAGUGUGUACAUUGUAGCUUAUACAUGUAAUAUACAAAUUUGUGUAAAAACUUCACAACACAAACUUCAUGUAUUACCGAUAUCUAGAAGUUAGUAAUGUUACCUAGGG